UACGGGCACACUAUUAACCACAUCCACAUCAGAAGUCUAGAAGUUUGAUUUGAAAACUCUCACGAAACUUAUUUAUACCCGGGUGAAAUAGAGUUUGCACACAUUCUGGAGGCGAGACAAGCUGACGCAGUAUGAGUGGCAAGCACGUAGUCGUCCUGCUGGGCAGUGUCCUGAUCCUGGGAUGCCUGCAAGUGGCAGCGGCAACGGAAACGGACAACAAGACCAGUGAAUUCGUGGCCACCGACGAGUGGCAGACGAUUGGGGAAGGUCAAGCUAUUCCCCGGGGCCUCCACGUGCGCAUCAACCUGCAAACUGGACUGAAGGAAGCCAAGCUCUUGGACGAAAGCGAACGUGGCACGGCGCUACAGAGUCAACCGGAUGAUCAGAAGACUCGGCAAGAUGAUGACAACGAACCGCUGGCUCUGGACUACAAGCCGGACAUCAUCGAGGAGUCCAUACGCCGCGUCAAGGAGCAGAAGAAGAGCUAUGCCGAGCUGCGCAAAGCGUACAAGGAGUUCCAGAAGAACUUUCGCACGGACGGAGAGCUCAUCGUUCAGUUGAUCGAUCAGUACCGGAACUUCAGCAGGACGCCGCUGGAGUCGGAGAUGCGCUCCAAGCUGGACUGCCUGGAGAAUCUGGAGUAUUUGCUCCAUCAGAUAGACAAUGCUCUGAUGUUCAUUGAUAAUGGCGGAUUGGAAGAUGUACUGCUGCCCAUUGUGGUCAACGAUACCAAUACCUCACUGCGGGUGUCGGCCAUGCGUGUGCUGGGCUCGCUGGCGAGCAACAAUCCCAAGGCGCAGAUCAAGGUGUUCGAGAAGAACUUCGGCUCCCAUCUGGCCCAGAUUCUGACCAGCUCCGGAAAUGCCGCUGAGAUCUCCGCCGCUUUGCACGCCUUCGGAGCUCUGCUCCGCAAAUUUCCGCUAGCUCAGCAGCGAGUGCUUUCCACCUCGGGUACACAAGCUCUGAUCAAGGUGCUCCAGAGUCCAGAUGUGGAGCUGCGUAGCAAGGCGAAGGUUGUGACCCUCAUAAGCGACCUGGUGCUGGAGAAGCGGUCAGUGCUGGAGGCCGGCAAAGAUGAUCCCGAAGCCACAUCCACGAUGGCGCAGUAUGUGCUCCUGGAGUUCGAGCCGUGGCUGAAAACGCAGGGCUUCUGCUUGGCGUUGGACACUGUGCUGGCCAAGGAGUUUCUGCAGCUGCUGGAGCAACCGGAGGUGGUGGAACAGUUUGCCACAGCACUGGAAACCACCGAGCAGAUGUGCAUCAGCACGUGGUCGCAAAGUUCCGGUCUCAGGCAUGCCCUGUUAACCGUACGCAAUCGGUUUGCCAACAGCACGGACGAAUACCGACUGGAGGUGUCCCAGAUGCUGGCCAAACUGUGCGAAAGAUUGUUCAACAAGUCCAAGCACACCGAACUGUAAUCCUAGCCAAUUUACUACGUUAAUGUUUCAUUUAAUUGUAAGCUGAGUUCGAAUGAAAUUCGCAGCCAAACCAUAGAAUACGAUAGCUAAGAUGCCAAGUACUUGUGAUGCAGAAAUAAUGCUCUUUGCGUAAAGCAUACACUUUGUCAUUAUUGUAGGAUAGCAACCACAAAGAUCCUAUGAAGGUUUCUUAACGAGACUGCAGCAUAGUCAUGCCAAACUAAGAAUCCAUCUACCAGAGUUUCGUUAUUAAAUACAGUCUCCUAAGAUAAUUUGUAGGGUAAUUUUUUUUAAAAGACAGAGGCUUGAAUGCUGAGCAGAGCAAUAUGGUUCUGUUGUUACACGUCAUUCAACUAGGAAAUCUUUUCUUUUUUUAUGUUACAGAAUAGAUCCUCCACAACGCUGUUAUCUGUUUCACCAGAUAGAUUAGGUUUUUGAGUCCUGAAACCUUUUAGUUCUUGUCUACUAUCUAGUUACAAUAAUAAAGCAACGAUUUAAUGUUUAA